UGGUACAAACUUCUUCUAUAUGUACGAUUUAUACAAACUUCUGUAUGUACGAUUUAUUUUUGUUCAACCACUGAACUCAUAAAUAAAUCGUUUCUUACCAAUUACUAUACCACGUAAUACUACAAAAUUUAUGCAUUUUCAAAGAAUUUAGCUAGCCGGCCGUCUCAAUUAACAUAAAAUAGUUUGAAUGGUAGAUAAACCACACUGACAAGUUCAUUGAUUGAGCAUCAUCUACUUAACAGAGAGAUUACUAAUCUUUUCAUUUACUCUGUUUCACCAAAUAGGCAAAAUACAAAUGUCAAUGCUUAACUCGUGUUUGUUUAGUUAUAAAGUAACUGAGUUCGUUUUUGGCAAGGUUUCCAAAACUGCGAGAUAAAGAACCAGAAUCAGUCCUUUAACAAAGAAAACAACCAGAGCCAGUCAUUAGAAACUUACUCUUAAAAUGAUAUUCAUACAUUCUAUAAUCCAUGCAAAACACUUGCAAUUCUUCACACUCUCUACAAUGUUGUCUCUGCUCUGUUUCCUUCUGUCUCUUCUCUUUCUUCUUCUACUUCCUUGUCUCCGACCUUGCUUUUCUGCUAAAGGAUCUCUGAAAGAUAAAAAGAAGAUUGACAAGGGAACUUAUGUGGUCGGAGAGGAGGAGCCACCUAAAGGGCUUCGAAGAGAGCUGAUGCCGAGACACGUGGCAGUGAUAAUGGACGGAAAUCGGAGAUGGGCGAAACAGGCCGGAUUGUUGACGUCACAAGGCUACGAGGCUGGAGCUAAACGGUUAAUAGAGUUCGCCGAGCUCUGCUUCAAACUAGGGAUAAAUACUGUCUCAGCUUUUGCUUUCUCCACUGAGAAUUGGGGAAGACACAAGAUUGAAGUCAAAUGCUUGAUGUAUUUGUUCCAACGUUACCUCAAGUCAAAGAUCCAAUUCUUCCAGAGCAAGGAAAUCCGAGUUUCUGUUAUCGGGAAUCUUGCGAAGAUUCCGGAAUCUCUCCUCGGAAUAAUCACAGAGAUAGAGGAUGCUACAAAGAGUUACAAGAAGAAGCAUCUCAUCUUGGCCAUAGAUUACAGCGGGAGAUUCGACAUCUUGCGUGCUUGCAAGAGCAUUGUGAAGAAAUCAGAACAAGGUUUGAUCCGAGAGGAAGAAGUGGACGAGACGUUGUUGGAGAGAGAGCUUCAGACCAAGUGUACAGAGUUCCCAAGUCCUGAUCUCUUGAUUAGGACAAGUGGAGAACAGAGGAUUAGUAACUUCUUCUUGUGGCAACUCGCUUAUACCGAGCUCUUCUUCUCACCGGUCCUUUGGCCUGAUUUUGACAAGGAUAAGCUUUUAGACGCCCUGGAUUCGUAUCAGCGCAGGGAAAGACGAUUUGGCUGUCGGGUUUGAUCCACAUUUGAUCCUCUGCUCCGCUCUGUUCUGUUAUGUUCAUCUGAGAUUUCUAUCAAACUUCUUGCUCCACUUUCAGAGAUCAUUAAUACUGU